GCUGUACUCGGCUUCCUGUCCUCCUCCGCUGCGCAGGAUGCCUCACAGUUUUGUUCUCAGUCUUCACUGCUGAGCUAAAGGGGCGUCUGGAGGGGGCAAAGGGCAUCCUGGGAGUUCCUCUGACAUCUAGCCCUCCGUUAACCCUCUCACGGGACGUUUUAUGGAUUCACGAGGUACAGAGCCUCGUCUCUCAGCCCAUCCAGAGCUUUAAAAGUGUCUCCUGGAAAAACCGCAGCUGAAGAUGGCUACGACGCUGCACGAAUUCACGCAGUUUCUGGAUCCUAAAAUGUUCCCCAGAGUGCUUCAGAUCCAGUCGGGAAUAUAUUGUCAAGGCUGCGUGUAUGAGAUGUUUGGAAGAGAGUGCUCUCUUUCAACAGGAGAUUUGCUAAAAAUUAUUGAAAUCACCAUCACCAGAUUCACUGCACAGACCUCCAGCAACAAUGAGAUUGAAAUUCCUGUGGAAUAUCCAGGUUUGUUCAGACUAGUGGCUGACAGUCAGCCGUACCGAAGCAUACAAGAGAUAGCAGACUCAGUGAAGGUCUGCUCCCACAGACUGUCCCAGCCCGUAUUCCUCAAUGGUUUGGAGAUUCCGCUGGCACAGGGCGUCAUACGGAAGGGAGACAGCUUCAGAAUUACUGCUGUCACCCAUGAGCUCAACGGUGGAUGUGUGCAAUGUGAACUGCUACACAGAGAGCCCAAGUUCUGCUUUAGCCUGAGCUUCUCCCAGCAAGGCCACUUCACAGAGUGCCAGGACAACCAAUUUUAUAACCUGAAAGAAAUAGCGGAGUGGAAAAUCUCCAAAGGUAGACAGAGGACAGUAACGGAGGUCAAAACUGUGCCCAAGAAGGACUUUUUAUUCUCGAAUUUGCUGGAGAAUGUAUCUGGAGAGCUGAAGUUGACUCCUGUGUAUGAAUUAAAGGCUGUCACAAAGCUCAGUGAGAAAAUUCUGGUCAUCCCAUCAAAUUUGGACGUGGAGGUGGUGGAUGUCACCGAACAGUUUGAUUGUGACUCCUUUGUGCAGCCUCUCUCCCUUACAGAUAUUUUCAAGAGGCCUCCAGACUUUUUUCCUGUGGUGGCCAAGUUGUCAUGUGAAAGGCAUUUCAAGCUUUCGCCAGAACUGGAAACGCUUUUUGAUUCCGAACACGUGAUCAUUCAUCAUGCUUUCUAUGCUAAACGAAUACUGGCCUCGGAAAUGGGUCGUGAAUCAACAAGACACUUUCUUAUUCCGGAGUCCUACAACGGGCGCUUCAAACGCAGGCCGCGGCAAUUCCCCACCGCCUACGAUCUGGAACGGGCACGCAGCGAGACCGAACAGAUCCGCGUGGUCGCCACUAGGGAGUUUGAGUCCGUGUACAACGGGCUAGAUUCCGUUAGUGCCGGAGAUGAGUUUAUAGUGACAAAAGGCAAAAGCUGUGCGCUUUCGCACAAUGGGACUAAGAGGGCAGCUGAUGCUUUUCAAUGUCUGAAAGUUACAGAGAAAAGCCACGGGAAGGAGGUUAAGGAGCCUGUGCGCCUCCCCAUGUGUUUAGAGGGGGGAUUCAUGGAGCUUGUUAAAGAUAAGCGUCAAUACACCAUGGUGGAAAUAUGCCGAUGGUUCCCACUGCCCUUCAACGUCAAAGUGUCUGUGCGUGACCUCUCUUUGAAGGUGGACGUUUUGGCUGGAGCGCCUGGUCUGCACAUCGAGGAGGAGAUCUCUGACCCUUGCCUCCUCAUUUCGAACACUGACCUGUCAGAGAUCAGGGAGGUGCCAGUAAAUCGCACAGACUUGAUCCUCAAUGUAAAACAGCGAUGGGAUGGCGAGAGUCCAGUAUGUAGUGGAAAUUCAGCCAUAGAGGAGAUCUCAGAGGACUGCUACUACACACUCAGGAGGUACGCCGUUACUACCAUCACACCCCCUCCACGGCCUCCCAAAAAACCAAAAGACCCUCCACCACGGCCUCCCAAGAUGAUGUCGUCCAGGUCUGAGAGCGCAAACAGUGAGAACUCCAGCUGCUCUCCACAGAGUCUUUGUGUUGAACCUUUUAAGCACGAUGACUUCAUGCAAUGCAGUGACACAAAAAAUGGAAAUGACAAAAAGAUUCCCAGUAGUCCAGUCACUUUUCAAAAACCUAAACUGCAGAAAGAUCCUGCCAAGGGCCGAAGUCUGGAAAACAUAUCCAUCACAAAACAUGACGAUGAUGACAACGAUGUGCAUGAUUAUGAAUAUAUAGAUGUAGAUCAGCUUGACAGCAUAAGAAAGACAUACCAAGAACAAAAUGUUACUGUGGGCAAAGGAAAACCGAGUAACACAAUAUAAGUAUACUGUGGUGACAACGGCUCAACACACAGAGUUCACUAUGGCUGUGUUCCAACACCAGUUAUUUUAAUUUCACAUGACGUGACUGACAUGGCCAUAACAAGUAUGUCGUAUAAUUGCAUAACGUUAUUAUAAAUCUGCUAGAAUGCAAAUAAUUUUUAGGUUACGGUCUUCCAUUCUUUUUAAAUUACAGUGCAAAGAAAGUACAUAUUAACCCUUUAGGAGAGCAGACGCGAGAUACAAAUCUGGGCUUUUUGGAAAUGCUUCUCUUAAUGGGAUUAAUGCCAAGCUUCGAGUAAACAGGUUAAAGUACUAUAGUUCAGCAUCAUCUUUGUUUGGUCAACUGAUGGUCUGAGUUUACUGCAUGUUAUAUAUUCUUUUUAAAUCCAUUAUGGUGCUUGUAUUAACUGGCACACUAUAUGUAACGAAACAGUCCUGUGAAGCAUACAAUACAUAUGCUUCCAAUUUUACAUAUCAUAUUUAUACAAAUAUUUACUCUGUACCAUUUAUGACAUAUAUUUCCAGGCAAAACAUUAUUCAACAAAAAGACAGUCACAAUGCAGAAAUAAGAGUAAACUGAACUAUACUCAUUUCAGCAGCCAGGGCAUGUGAUUCUGUUAAAGCAGUUGUUUUUUUUUUUGUUUUUUGUUUUUUUUGUAGUCAUCAGAGAAGCCAUUGCUACUUAAAAAAUCUCAACAGGGUUGUAGGCUGAAUGAUUAAAAUUAGAGAUGCACGAUAUUGGAUUUUUGCCGAUAUCCGAUAUGCCGAUAUUUUUUCAUCUCAUUUUGGCCGAUACCGAUAUAUAUCAUUUUAUUUGGAAAGUUAGUUUUUAACAAUAACUUAUUCGUUAGGAUUAAAUAAAUAGUAAUGAGUGGUUUACAUUCAAUCCCUUCUUUUUCAUCAGUAGACUAGCAUUAUUUAUGAUCUGAAUUUUGUAAAUUAAGUUCACUUUUGCUAUGUUAUAAGCCGAACUUCGGAUGCUUUCACUUUCGAAUUCGCAAUCUGAAUACAACAUUUCAAAACGAAAACAGAAAAGUAGAACUAAACUGGGUGACUGUGAGGGUGCUUUGCGGGACAUGAACAGGACAUAAUUCAUUGCUACAAUUUCUUAAUUCGUUCCUAUGAUUUAUUAAUUUAUUAAUUUGUAAAAUGAGGGAACAAAUUAAUAUGUAGUAUUAAUGAAUUGUUAAUUUAUUCCCACGAAAUAUUUUAUUUCCCACCCGCAAUUUAUCACAGUAAGAGAUACGAAAACAUGGAUUAAAAGUGAAUGACAAGAAAAUAAACCUAAGAAAUUAAAGGGUGAGACGGUGAGGAUUUGGGAAAAUAAAAAUAUUAAGUUAUGUGGCAAUUCGUGACCAACUGGCAAAACAGUACACUUUUUUUGCACAAGAAUACCAACAUGUUUACCUUCUCUGGUUUAACAAGCGGUCUUUUACCCUACUCGAAAACCAAAUCCUCCGUCCGCCAUCGUUUCCAGAAUAGUCGCGUCCUUUUUGCCGUCACCACCUGGCUCGUGCUGACACUACAAAUACAAACCAGGCUCUACACCCGAAGCGCUCACAACGAAAACUACUCUUUGCGUGAUCAGUGAAAUCCUGAAUAUGCCACGGCUUUGUAACUCUGUAACCCGCGCUGUAUGGAGCAGUGCGACCACGUCAAAUUUUAACUUGCACAUUUAAAAAAAAAAAAAAAAAAAAAAAGUGACAGUUUUGAUCAUUCUAGAGCCCUGCAAUACAAAGGCAUUCAACAUGGAAAGAAAGUAAUAGAAAUGUAGUCACUAAGUCAUGUUUAAUUAUAAUUUCUAAUUAUUUUAUACGGUGCACUGCGCUCUGACAGGGCUGCGGGACACGAACAUAAUUAUUUCCUACAACUUGUUAAUUCGUUCCUACGUUUUAUUAAUUUAUUAAUUUGUAAAAUAAGGGAACGAAUUAAAAAGUCGUAUUAACGAAUUCUUAAUUUAUUGCCACGAAAUCUUUUAUUUCCCACACGCAGUUUACCCGCAUAAAUGAUCCGACAACAUGGAUUAAAAGUAAAUGACAAGAAAACAAACCUGCGAAAUUAAAGGGUGAGACGGUGAUGAUUUGUGAAAAGAAACUAUAAAUAUUAUUAAGUUUGUGGCAAUUCGUGACCAACCGGGAAAACAGGACACACAGCCGCUUAUGGCUUUAAAUGUAUUGGCUCGAACUGCAUGAAUCCAUGACCACUGCAUGGUCGCUACUAACAUUUGCCUGCUAACCAAUUAUUUAACUUAUAAAGAAUGCUUUGUACCUCACUUGUGUCAUAUUCACGAAAAAUGUUUCAUAUGAGCAACAGUGUGUUUUGCCGUUGCGCCGCCGAAGAAAGAGAAUUCACUGACCGCGCGCCGUAAUUACUUUUUAUUUUAAAUGCAGAUCAUGUCAUGUGCAAACACAGCCAUUGGGUUUCAAAAUACAACAAAGAGCACCAUAAAACCAUUUAAAAUGUGCAUUUAGCGAUCUAGUGACUGGAUAUGAAACAGGCAACAGUAAAUUAUCCCAAAUGGAACAACGGCGCGCUUUCUCCUAUAGCCGCUGCUGCCACUGCACGUGCUAUUGCUAUGCAUCAUUCUGUAUGUGUAUUCUCAGUUUAAAUGCAGCGAUACAAAACAGUGAAUCUACUCCUCAUUCAGUCAAAACUUUGCUUCAAGAAUGAGCCACACUGCUGACGUGAUCUAAUCCCUAGCACACCCUUAGCACAUGUGAGUUAACAUAUUCAUCUUAUCGGCAAAACAUAUCGGCAUAAUUUUUCAUAUCGGGCCGAUGCCGAUAUUUACAUUUGAAGUCAUUAUCGGCCGAUUCCGAUAUCAGUCCGAUAAUAUCGUGCAUCCCUAAUUAAAAUUACAUCAAUCAUUCCAAAUAUGCAAAUCAGAGCGCUGCAAACUGUUGUCAGUCUUCACAGAAGUGCGCUUCCUAGCAAAUUCAAAAAUUCAAAUAUUAUUAAACCAUUAAAGGUGGUGCUACAAGGGACUUAUCAUCCUGCUCUUACUCGAGUUCAGUGCUUCCACAUGUCCAAGCAAAUCCAAGCACAUCACUGUACAGAUUCCAAAAGCUCCCUUUAGUAUCUGUUUACUGAUACGUUCAAGGCUGUAUUGUUUUAACCUGAUGUCACAUUUGUGUGCCAGCCAAUUAGUGUUUUUGUAUUACAGUUGCUUUUAUGGAAUACAGCACCACCCGGUCAACACGAGAAUUAAAAUUAAAUUAAAAAUGUUAAAUGUUAUUAGCAUUGAACAAAAAUGCAAUAAUGACAACAAAGCUGUUUUUUUUUUUUUUUUUCUAUUGCCAAACCUCUGCAGUGAAGUGUUUAGAGGUUUCCAGCAUAAAGCCCUUGUAUUUCUCCAGGCUGCAGCUAUACUUAAUGAGAAUGGCUUGUAGAUAAUGUAGUCUCAGAAAAAAAGGUACAAAAGUUGUCACUGGGGUGGUACCCUUUCACUUUUAUACGUUAUUUAUUUAAUGGUGCAUAUUAGUAUCUAAAGGGUACUGCCACGGUCACAGCUGUUAUAUAAUGUUUAUGAAGGAAUCAAUCUUUUUGUUACCUUAAGGUUAUAUUUAUCUCAUACCUAAAGAAGGCAGUUUUUUGUACAGUCUGUUUAUAUAUAUAUAUAUAUAUAUAUAUAUAUAAUUGUAAGGGGUUGGAGAAAGAAACAUCACACUUCUGCAUUUUGUCUGGAUUUACUUUGAAUAAAUGAGAUGGAAAGUAGCCAUGUUUGAUUUUUUUCUGUUUUUUUUUAUUUUGGUAAAGACACAAAUGAUGCAUGUUUACACUGUCAGGGUAAAUUAUCUGGGAUGCAGAGCUGUUGUGGACACAGCAAACGGCUGAAAUAAGCUGUUUGCUGUAAACAGCUCUUAUUUACAGCUAGAAGCAGAUUUAUUCUACCCAGUGUUUAUAUUUAUUGAUGCUUAUUAGUGAUGUCAGCAGAUGAUGCGUCAGCAGCUGGUGGUCAUCUCUGUCAGGAUUCCCAUGAGACUGAAUCCAGGGAA